CGGUUCACUGCGUCGUGUGUCUGCUUCGAAUUGAAAGCCGUUUAAAUAUCUAGAAAAUACAAUUAGAUUAGAAAGUGAUAUACUAGGUGGGCAAAAUGGAACGGCCUGCCCUGCUGCAGAAUGGAGAGAUGGGGGGCAACCUGGAUAACUCCGCCACCACCCGACUGGUCAGCAAGCCCUUUCCCAAGCCCUUCUCCAUCGAGAGUCUGAUUGCCAACCAAACACCUGCCAAUGCUGCGCCACCAUCGCCGCCCGAGGAGCGGGAUCAGGAGCAGGAGCCGGAACAGGAGCAGGAGCUGAGUGCCCGGGCCAUGGUGGCCAGCUCCGCUUUGGGCCUCACCCAGUUCCCGCUGUACAAUCCCUGGCUGCAUGGCUAUUUCGCCCAGAACCACGAGAGAUUAACGCAUUUAAUUGCCGGCGGCUGCUACCUGCCCUCCAAUCCAGCUAGUCAUCCGGUUGGGCAGCAGGCACAGCCGCAGGUCCAACCACCGCCACAUCCAGCAGCACCACCACCGCCACCACCACCACCACAUGCCUUGGAGAAGCAGCUUCCAGCCAACUUGCCGCAUCCGCUGGAUACGCGUUUCCUGCCCUUCAAUCCUGCCGCCGCUGCUGGAGUUGCGCCCACGGAUCUCAGCUACCGGCGACUGGCCGAGCUCAUGAACCAGGACUACGUGCACAGUCUGAGCGUCCAUGCCCGACUGCAGCACAUGGCCGCCGCCGGCAGGUUGCAGGAGGAGCAGUCGCUCCACGGUCUGGGGCAGCUCCAGGAGCCGUCGCCCCCGCAGGCACACUGCUCGCCAGCCAAGUCCGGCAGCCGCAGUCCCGCGGAGCCCACCCUGGACGUGGGCAUGGACGAGGACUUCGAGUGCAGCGGCGACUCCUGCAGCGACAUCAGCCUGACCAUGUCCCCCAGGAACUACAGCGGAGAGAUGGACAAGAGCCGCAAUGGAGCCUAUACCAAUUCGGACAGUGAGGACUGCAGUGAUGAUGAGGGUGCUCAUUCUCGGCAUGAAGGUGGGGGAAUGGGCGGCAAGGAUUCUCAAGGCAAUGGCUCCAGUUCCAGCUCCAAAUCCCGUCGCCGACGGACAGCCUUCACUUCAGAGCAGCUGCUGGAACUUGAAAGGGAGUUCCAUGCCAAGAAGUAUCUCAGUCUCACGGAGCGCAGUCAAAUAGCCACUAGUCUAAAACUAAGCGAGGUUCAGGUAAAAAUCUGGUUUCAAAACCGUCGAGCCAAGUGGAAAAGGGUCAAGGCGGGUCUCACCUCCCACGGAUUGGGUCGGAAUGGUAGCACCAGUGGCACCAAGAUCGUGGUGCCCAUCCCGGUGCACGUGAACCGCUUCGCCGUGCGAUCCCAGCACCAGCAGCUGGAGAAGAUGUGCCUCAGCGGACCGAAGCCGGAUCUGCGCAAGAAGCUCUCGGCGGAGGCAAUUGGAGGAUUCGAGAAAUUCAGUGGUGCCCCCAAUGGUCCACCACCGCCAUCGGGAGGAGCUGUGGGCUUGGGAGUGGGAGUGGGAGUCGGCUUGGGAGUGUCCACACCCCUCUCCCUCGCCAGGAGUAUUUAUUGAUGGAGUGGGGCUCUUAAAGCGUACGAGUGUAUAUACCUAAGGAGGCAGUUCCGCUGCAA